UCAAUAAACUCUGACCUACAUCAGAAUAUAUAUUUUCACCCAAUACUUAUCCCAUAUUUUCCAAAUGUAGAGCUUAGAGUUUCGUGUCAAUUAAACCAAAAAAUAUGAAGUUAUUAUUACUUUUAACCACACUUUGCGUUUUCUUUUUUCAACACUAUUGCGAAGCUGAUCACCAUAAGCUAGUAAUAAUAGGUGCAGGAUCUUCAGGUAUAGCAGCCGCUACGAGACUUCUGGAAAACGACUUUACCGAUUUUAUAAUUCUGGAAGCCGAAAACAGAACAGGUGGACGAAUAUUUAGUGUUCCUUUUGGCAAUGGAAUUGUGGAUUUGGGAGCGCAAUUUUGUCAAGGAGAGAAGAAUAAUAUUGUGUACGAAACCGUGAAGGACUUGGAUGUGUUAAAACACCACGAUAAUGGUACAUAUGUAAACCUUUACACGAAAUUUAAAAUUGAUAAAAAUGUCACUGAAACAAUAAAUAACUUAUUCGACUCAAUAUACGAAAAUGUUGAAGACGAUGUGAAAGAAUCUUCACUACAAGAAUAUUUUGUUAAACGAUUCACCAAUGCCAUUAACAAAUUAUAUUCGGACAGCCCGAAACUGCUAGAGUUCGCUAAAGAUUGUACCGAUUUUUUUCUUGGUGCUAUUUGUAGUAUAGAAGGUGCUUUCAAUGCUUCCGAUAUUUCACCACAUGAAAGUUAUGAAGAAAUUCCUGGUGAUCAGUACAUGCAUUGGAACGGAAAAGGAUACAAAACAUUCUUAGAUGUACUCAUGAAAAAGUAUCCGAAUCCAAACGAAAGUCUACCAAUUGACGAUAAAAUUUUAUUAAAUAAAGAAGUCGCUAACGUAGACUGGCGAACUGAAAAUUCAAACAGCUCAAAAGUUGCAAUUAAAUGUUCUAAUGGGGAAACAUACUAUGCUGAACAUGUUAUUGUAACUGUUUCCCUUGGUGUUUUGAAAGAAAAUCUCGAAACAAUGUUCAAUCCGCGACUACCAAUUGAAAAGGUCCGAGCUAUAGAAGACAUUGGUUUUGGAGCAAUUUCAGAAAUACACCUUUGGUACGAGCACAGUUGGUGGCCGGAAAAUUUAACUUUAAUGAAUUUCAUUUGGACGGAACAAGAAAGGCGAACAUUGCGAGAUAAUGGUCUCGAAUGGUACUUAAAUGUAUUGAGCCUGGCACCGCAAAUAGGAAAUAGGAAUGAACUAUGCCUUUGGAUCGCUGGAGACGAUGUCCCUAAGAUCGAACAACUACCAGACAGUGAAAUUCUUUCCGGAAUAACGUAUAUUUUCGAUUUGUUUCUACGCAAGGAUUAUAAUAUUACACAACCUUCAAAAAUUUUAAGGUCAAAAUGGCACUCUCAGCCCCAUUUCCGAGGAUCCUAUUCUUACCCUUCGAUUAAAAUGAAUGCUAAUAAUACAUUACGUGAAGAUUUGGGCAACCCCCUAUUAUAUCCUAACACUACCAAACCCAUCGUUUUCUUUGCUGGAGAAGCUACAAAUCCUCACCAUUUUGCAACAGUUCAUGGAGCUACCGAAACAGGAUUCCGAGAAGCGGACAGAAUCCUCAAAUUGUAUAAAACUCAAUAAUUUGUGUUGUUAGAAUUUGCUCAAAUUUAAAUAAAGAAUGAUAAAUACA